AUGGACUCCGAAGCGCCGGAAACGACCUCCCAGCUGACCGCCAGCGUCGUGUUCGAAGCAUCCACUCAGACCCCCACGAACGAGCUGUGCGAUUCGCCCAUGUUCAACCAAAGGGGCUACUGCCUCAAGACGGCCGGUCACAGCGCCCAGACUCUGAUGAACAUCCAGAAGAUGCGCGAGCACGGACAGCUUUGUGAUAUAACGUUAAAAAUAGGAUUAGAAACAUUUAGAGCCCAUAAGGUCGUUCUAGCGUCAGUUAGUCCUUAUUUUUAUGCCAUGUUUAAUGGCGAAAUGAGAGAGCACGAUCUCACCGAAAUCGAAAUCCACGAGCUGGACCCGACGGCCAUCGAUCUCCUGAUAGACUACGCCUACAGCGGUCAAAUAACGGUCACGCAGGACAACGUGCAGGUCCUGCUGCCGGCCAGCGGGCUGCUGCAGAUGCAGGAGGUGCGCGAGGCGUGCUGCAGGUUCCUGCUGCGCCAGCUGCACCCGACCAAUUGCCUCGGCAUCCGGAGCUUCGCAGAAACGCAUUCCUGCAAGGAGCUGCACUCGAAGUCGCACGUGUACGCGCUGCAGAACUUCCAGCAGGUGGUGGGCACCGAGGAGUUCCUGUUGCUGCCCUUCAAGGAGGUGAACGAUCUGAUAUCGAACAGCCAGUUGAAUAUAUCGUCGGAGGAGGACGUCUUCAGCGCCGUUUUGAACUGGGUGAAGCACAAUUUAGCCGAAAGGAGCAAACAUAUAUCGAAGUUAAUGCAGCACGUUCGGCUGCCUUUAGUUAACAGGGAGUUCCUAAUGACUAGAGUGGAUAACGAAAAACUCAUAAGGGAAAACAGCGAUUGCCAGGAACUGCUGUUGGAGGCGAUGAGGUAUCAUUUGGUGCCCGAAAGGAGGUGCGUUCUAUCCAGUUCCAGGACGUUAGAAAGGAGGCCUAAGGGCGCCCAGCCUUAUCUAUUCGCUAUAGGCGGUAGCUCUUUAUUCGCGACCCACUCGGAAUGCGAAGUGUACAACCCCCAAGCCGAUACUUGGUCGGCCAUAGCCCCGAUGCAUUGGCGCCGAUCCAGAUCCGGAGUGGCCGGUUUGCGCAGAUUACUCUACGUAGUAGGAGGCUACGACGGAGCGUCGGAUUUAGCUACGGCGGAAUGCUACAAUCCUCUGAACAACACGUGGUCUUCCAUUACACCGAUGGGCACCAAGAGGUCCUGUUUGGGUGUAUGUUCGUUUGAUGGAUUAAUUUACGUGUGCGGGGGUUACGACGGAGCCUCCUGCUUGAGUUCCAUGGAACGGUUCGAUCCUCUAACAGGAGUCUGGUGCAGCUGCCCAGCGAUGAACACCAGAAGGCGAUACUGUCGAAUCGCCGUAGUAGAAAAUUGCAUAUACGCUCUAGGAGGGUUCGAUUCUACAGACUACCAAGCUUCCGUCGAGAGGUUCGAUCCGAGAGAAGGCACCUGGCAAUCGGUGCCGUCGAUGUCGUCGCGACGGAGCAGCUGCGGCGUCGCCGCCUUGGAAGGGAACCUGUACUGCGUAGGAGGCCACGACAAGACCACCACCAUGUCGAGCGGGGAGCGGUUCAACACGCGCCGAAACGCCUGGGAGCCCAUCACCGCCAUGAACAGCAAACGGGCGACGCACGAGGUGGUGGCCAUCGGAGGGUUCAUCUACGCCCUGGGAGGCAACGACGGAUCGUCGAGCUUGAACGCCGUGGAGCAGUACGAUCCGGGCACCAACAAAUGGGUGAUAGUGUCGCCGAUGGGCACCAGGAGGAGCUCGCUGGGGGCGGCUGUGCUGGAGUGCAUCAACAUCGAGCACGUUUUGGUGCAAACGAGGAGCAACUGA